GUGUGUGUGUGUUAGUUUCACUUUGAAGUUCUGAAAAUGAAUGACAUUACAGCCGUAUUUAAUUCCUAUUGGUCCAGACCGGCCCCUCCCUCUCCCUCUACCUCUUGUCCGCAUGUUUCCUGGUCAGUGCGUCUGAUGCUGGAGUCGGAGUCACGUCUCUGUGGAUAAUCUCCUCGAGCUGUUCUUCUGAAUACAUCGAUAUGAAGGCGCAAAUAGGGCUGCUGCUGUUGGUCUUUGGUCACGGUGUGUCCUCAGUGAUUCACUCCCUGCAGUAUUUCCUCACGUCGUCGUCUGGACUCUCAACCUUCCCAGAGUUUUUGGCUGUUGCGAUGGUGGAUGAAGUUCAGAUUGGGCACUACGACAGUAACACCCAGGGAAUAGUGCUGAAACAGGCCUGGACGGAAGAGUUAUACAGAGAUCAUCCCGGUGAACUGGAGACGAUGUCUGGAAUGGCGCUGGGUGCCCAGCAGAGACUCAAGGCCAAGAUGUUGGAUCUGAAGAAGUGCUUUAACCAGACAGAAGGUGCCCACAUUGUUCAGAAGAUGUAUGGUUGUGAGUGGGAUGAUGAUGAUGAUGAGGAUGGUACUACUGAUGGUUAUAGACAGUAUGGUUAUGAUGGAGAGGACUUCAUAGCGUGGGACAUGAAGACCAUGACCUGGGUCGCUCCAGUACCUCAGGCUGUCAGCACCAAACAGAGAUGGAAUCAAGAAUAAAGCUGAACUACAAUAC